AUGGCAAGCUCCAAGGUUAUUGGAGCUGUUUUCAUUGCUUUGUUCAUUGUGGACAUAGCAUUUGCUGCUAGGGUGAAAGACAGCUUCUUAGGUGGUGGAAAAGGUGGUGGUGGAGGAGGAGGAGGUGGUGGUGGCGGAGGAGGCGGCGGAUAUGGUGGUGGAGCAAUAGGAGGAGGUGGUGGCGGCGGCAGAGGAGGUGGUGGAGGUGGUGGUGGUGGUUCAGGAGGAUAUGGAUCAGGUUAUGGAUCUGGGUCUGGGUAUGGAUCAGGAUAUGGCUCUGGUGGUGGAAAAGGUGAAGGUGGUGGCGGCGGUGGAGGAGGUGGGAGAGGUGGAGGUGGAGGAGGUGGUGGAGGCCUAGGUGGCUCCGGCUAUGGCUCUGGUUAUGGUGAAGGAAGUGGUUAUGGCCAAGGAGGUGGCAUUGGAGGAAACGGUGGUGGCGGUGGCGGUGGAAAAGGAGGAGGAGGUGGUGGCGGCGGUGGCAAUAAUGGAGGUUCCGGCUACGGAAGUGGGUCCGGCUAUGGAUCCGGUAGUGGAGGUGGUGAUGAGGGUGAGUCUCCUUAAACAAAUUAAAUGAAGGGUUAAAAAUAUAAAUCAGUUUUUAAAAUGUAUUUAAACGAAAUAGGUUUUGUUUUGAUUAGGUUUAAUUUGCAUUCAAACUAUGUUGGUUUUCAUAUAUGUGAUCUCCAAAAAUAAACUAUAGGGUGGUUUCAUGGCCAUCCUUCUUCAUGCAUGCAUGGUAGUGUUAAUAUUUAGUUACCCUUCGUUGUUAGUGAUGUUAUCAAGCAUGGCAUUAACAAUAAUAUUUCUGUAA